AUGGAACUCCACCGACUGGAUAAUUGCGACAAGGUGUCGUGCAUCACGUGUCGCACGACGAUGACGAAGGAUGCGUUGCACGAGCACGUGAAGCUCAAGCAUUGCGGGAAGAUCGGGAGGACGAAGGACGAGAGAUUAGCCCUGGGGAUCAAGGCGAGGCAGUGUUUGCGGUGUAGUUUUGUUGGCAUGACUGAGACUGCGUUCGGGAUUCAUGCGGCGUUGGAGCAUAGGGAAGAGCAGGUGAUCAAGUGCGACGAGUGCGAUAAAGAGUUUAAGACGCAGCGAACGCUCAGGGAUCAUGAGAAUAGUGUGCAUGGGAAGAAGACGUAUGAGUGUGCCGAGUGUGGAUUGGUCAACUCUUCCCGGACUGCUUACGAAAGGCAUUUGGAGACGCACAAACCGAUGAAAGGCAUGAAGCUUUGUCCUCAGUGUGGCAAGGCAUUGCGAGCUGGUUCAUUACUUGGACACAUGAUUGUUUUCCACAACCACCCGAUGCGAAAGAAGUGCAAUUACUGCGGACUCAUCGUGCCGUCCGACUGGGAGCUCUCCAAACACAAGGAAAGCGUUCACGGCAUUAAAAAGACGAAAAUCAAGCGCAGUCCGCGACUCUGCGUCGAUUGCGGCAAAACGUUUCGCAACGUUGAAGAAUUCGUGUCGCAUCGGAUCAAGAUGCACGGGGAUCAGGCCCCGGAAGGCCGGAAACCCCACACCUGCGUCGUUUGCGGCGACAUCUUCCCGACCCGUGACCUUGGCCGGAAACACGAGAAAAACAUUCACGGACUGGACUAUGUGGAGCAGGCUGAGCGAGGGAUCGAGUGCGAAUUGUGCGGGGUCACGGCCAAGGAGAAGUACGAGUUCAGGGACCAUUUGCACACUUCGCACGGGAUUAAGGUGCCGAUUAAGCAGAUUCGGGAUUACGUCAAGCUGCCCGAGCCCAGGACAGAGAAAAAAAAGAAAAGAAUGAAGCGGAAGUGGUGCGUCGUUUGUGCCGUCUCAUUGCCGGUAGUUGGGUCGGAGAAAAUGAACGAAAGCUUGAAAAGUGCGCCGAAUGUUCGGGCGUUUUUGGCGGAGAAUCGUGUCGCGGAUCCGGACGCGUUACAGUCGUCGUCCAUGGGAAUCUGCGAUAAAUGUUUCGUCAACGUUUCGAUCAUCGACGAAUUGAUGGAAAUGACGCGAAUUAAACUAUUCGCCUUGACUACGAAAGUAGCGACGAGUCGUGCGACUUCUUUGCUUUCCGAGGAACCGCCGAAUGAAUACCGAGGGAACAACGGAGUGAUUGAAAAUCCGAUGGCCGUCGAAGCUGGAAGUGCUUUCCCGCUGAUGAUUGAGACUGAAGUGAAAGAUUUCAUGCUUCUUGAAUACAAUAACGGAUGUGUGGGAGACGUUGCGCAGAAGAGGUGUGUUUCCGAUCCAGUGCAAGAAGACCUGGUCACGCAAGAUUCGCAGGAAAAGGCAACCAUCGCAUGCGACGAGUGCGGAGAAAGUUUCACUGCUCACCGCCUUCUCGUGCGACAUUCCGUCGAAAUCCACGGCCGGCAAGUGCCGAAGCUCAGUCGAUCGCCGCCCAAAGAAGCGUAUUGCGAGGAUUGCGGUAAGCAAUACAAGAAAGUGUCGGACUGUUUGAACCACCGUCGACGGGUCCACGGCGACUCCACCAUGCAAAUCGACACUCAACCCUGCGAACUUUGCAUGAAAGUUUUCGGCUCGAAAGAUUCUCUGCGAUAUCACCUACGCGGAGUGCACGGAUUCGAGUACGCGAUUCAGCUGAAAGAAGGCAUUGAAUGCAGGAUUUGUUCGGCGAGAGCGAGGGAGAAACACGAGUUUUUGCGGCAUUUGCGCGGCGCACACAACAUUCAAGUCUCGACUAGGACUUUGAAGCAGUUCAUGAAGCCUCCUGCGAAGUUGUUUCGAAUGGGCGAGAUGAAAACUGACGAAUUCGGAGUGUUGAAUAUGAAUCGAUCCCGUUGUGUGAUAUGCAUGUGUGAUGUGGCAAGUGGUUCUUCUUCCGCGCUGAGAAUGCCUCUGAAAUCUUGUGAGUCCACGAGGCUGUUUUUAACGCUCUACGAAAUCGUGGAAACGUCGCUGAGUGAAUUCAUCGACGGAGAUCAUUUGUGUGGCAGAUGUCUGGCACUCGUCAUCGUCAGUGAUAAUCUCAUGUUCGCUGCGUUGCAGAAAAUUGAGAUCUGCAAAAAUCUACAUCGUCAUCAGGUCAGCACGGAUGUACAACGAGAGGCUUACUCAGUUGAGGAGCGAUGUGAUCAAGUACAGAAAAUGUCGCCGUGUGAUUCAAUGGAAGUUCUCAACUCCUCAACAGAAGCCGAACUAAUGUUAAACUUGAGCAACUUGGUUCAAGAAACAAUCGAGGAAGAGGAACUUGAGAAACCUUGCGAACUGGAUCCCAUGCAUGAGUUCAAAUCAAUCGAAGAAGACAGUGUUCAAUUUUCUGAGACGCGUCCUUCAUCCAAAAUCCCGUUCUGGUCAACGAAAAACCCUGUACACCGUGAAUCGAAGCCGUUCAAAGAAUCGGGAAUUAAUUCCUCGACCGGAAAGCCCGUGUAUGUGAUUGAUGGUUAUUCGUUUGAGUGGACGAAAAAUGGGCGAGAGAAUGCGAAUGUGCGGAUUGUUCGCUGCAGUCACUACUGGAAUCCCGAAGUGCGCUGCAAAGUUUGGGGAGCUGUCAAUUUGGAAGAGGGAAAAUUCUUCUACAAAAUUCCCUUCAAUGGUGACAAUCACAACCAUGCUGAUCCGACUUUCAAUGUUUCUUUGGGAAAUCGGCCUAGGGCGUUGAGAAAGGAACGGUUAGAGAAGAGGUUGGUGAGCAGUCGGAUCUCGAACGACUCUGCAAAACGUCCUUUGCAAUGCGAAGAAUGCGAUUAUUCCACAAAAUUCCAGCAUACGCUUUUCCGUCAUUAUCAGGAAAGUCACUCUCUUCCGAACGGUCUCGCCUGUUUCGAAUGCGGCCGAAGCUUUACGGCUUUACUUGAACUAUCGGAACACGUUCAAUUGCACUAUUUGGAAAUGGUGGACAAAAUCACCUGCAUUUCUUGUCGAUUGACGAUGCAAAAAAAUUCGCUCAACUCUCACAUCCAUUCAAAACAUUUCGGCAAGAUCGGAAGGACGGAGGUCGAGCGGGAAGCCAUGGGCUUGAAGUUGUUGAAGUGUCCAGGCUGCAGCUUCAGGGUGGAAAGCAUGUCCAAGUUCCGGUUGCACCGGAUGCAAGCUCAUCCGGGAGAAGAUGAAGCGUUCGAGUGCGAAAUUUGUGCCCAACGGUUUUCUUCGUGGACUGCCAUGAAAGUUCACAGACGCCAGUUUCACAACCGCAGUGGGAAGAAUUAUUCUUGUGAGCAGUGCGGCGUUAAUUUUGACACCAUGCACAAGUAUUAUUAUCACAACUCCGUGGCCCAUAAACCGUUGAAUGGCAAAAAAUUGUGCCCUGAGUGCGGGGAAUUAUUCAACUCCAAGGCCCUGAAGGAUCAUAUGGUCAGCGUUCACGAAAAGCCGGCAUUCCGGAAGUGCGAGCAUUGCGGCGAAUACGAGACAACUGCGCACAAGAUGUUGAUGCAUUUGCGCCUAGUGCACGGAAUAGACAUUCCGCGACCGAAACGCAAAUUCCACGUUUGCGAGGACUGCGGGAAACGCUAUGAUAGACGCAGUUUGUACAGCAAUCAUCGACGUCGACAUCACGGUGACGAUUUGCGCGACGGGCUAGGCUCGAACCCGUGCACUUACUGCAAAGUCAAUUUCCCCACGAGACUCGGGUUGCGGGCUCAUUGGAAAGGAGCUCAUGGGUGGGAUUACGCUCAGCAGUCGAGAGAAGGGCUAAAGUGCAUCAUGUGUGGUACGUUGGAAAGAGAGAAAAAUGGCUUUCGAGACCACUUGAAAUCGACCCACGGGAUUGUGGUGGCGGCUAGAAACAUCAAACCAUACGUGAAGCCUCCCAGUGAUUCCGGAGGAGCCACGACGAUGGUGCACAAAAACGUGCAGAGUCAAGAGCUUUACGAGUACCCAUUGAUGGACAACGAAGGGAGCACUGAAAAUUUAUUUGCGUUAGGAUACGUUCAAAUGGAGAAUCGGGAUUGCUUUUUGUGUGGUGCGGUGAUAUCCGAAAAAAGCGAAAGUUCGGUGCGCGAAAGACCCUUGAAAUGGUUCUCGGAUCCCCAACAGUUCAUGACCGAACACGUGCUUUCAAACGAGGACUCGGUUCCUGAAGGCUCGGAUGCGGAAAUGUGUGACCGGUGUUUGGCAUUAGUCGUCAUUUGCGACACUUUGAUGGUAGCCUUUCAAACGAAAGUGAAAGUUUGCCAAGAGUUGUUUGCCGAAAAGGCGCGUUUUUCGGUAGCGGAACCGGACUUUGAAAAAAGCGCGGCGGAAGAAAGGAAAUCUGUGGAAAAAUUGACUGGCGUUGAAACGAAAACUUCGCAGAAACGGAAAUUCCAGGAAAACCGGCUUGAGCGACUGAAGUGCAUCAACCGGUAG